GAUAGAGAAAGAGGAAGGCAGGGAGGUAGCAGGAGGUGGGGAAAAGAGCUAGAGGUGCAGCUGAGGAUAGGAAGAGCAGAGCACCCAGCAGCUAAUCACAGACCACCAAGGUUCGGGGAGCACAGGAGAAGAAAAGGAGAGCAGCCGUUCGCCAUGAGCAACUAUGGGAGGCUGAAAGACGAUUCCAACACUCAGGAUCCACCUCCCUACUCUGACAAAGACUCCCAUGAAAACCCUGAGCCAACGAAACCUCUUAUUCGACCAGAACCCCACCGCAUGGGAUGGCCCUCCAACCCUGUGCCAUCCCAGUACCAUCAUUAUGGUGCAGUUGGUGCAGGAUCCCACCAGGUUCCGAUCCUUCAACCUCCACAGGCCACCGUCAUCAUUCGUGGUCCACCUGCCAAUGAGCCUGAUUACCUGGCGUACUCUAUCUGUACCAUGCUUUGCUGCUGCCUCCCCCUGGGCAUUGCUGCCUUAGUUUACUCUAUGCAGACCAGAGAAGCCAACCUUAAUGGAGAUGUCAUAGCUGCCAAGCGAAACUCCAGAAUGGCGCGCAUCUUGGCCAACACAGCCCUCGGGGUGGGAUGCGUCUUCAUUGUUGUGUAUAUCGUAAUAAUGGCAAUUAUGUAUACAAAUGCAAAAAAUCACCCUCCGCACAACUAAGGAUUUGCCACACAGCUUCCACCUCCUGAAAGACCUCCCCACCACUGCACUAAUCAGAGAAGGCCUGGUUGGAGGCCGUGCGUUUUGAUUCAUUCCAUAACAGGGUGUGCUCAAGGGCUGGUAUACACAUGCAUGUGCACCACAUGAUUUCUAUUGAAUUUACGCAAUGACAAGCAGGGGGGUGCGUUAACUUUCAGAGCACUUGAUGUCGUCACCUUAACAGCAACACUCGCGGGGCUGAAAUAGACCUCAUAAUGUUUAUUAAAAACCAUUCGUUUUGGAUUUAAGAACAUUGAACAAAUAUAUUACAACAAAUGAAGGAUGUAUAUUUAAUGAAAUUUUGAAUAGUAUUAUUCCAUAGUAUUAAGUACACAUAGAAUGUAAACAUGACAAAUGCGUAAAUAUAAAGAAAAUAUAGAGAAACCAGAAGGAGGAGGGAGGGAAGCACAAACUUGUUUAGAGUUAAAGUAUUAAGGUUAAAAGGAAUAAGGUGUUUAUGAUGUAUUAUGAUGGUGAAAUUUGUAAAAUCUGUAGAACCAAUAAAGAUCAUUU